ACUCUUCGCUGCCCCAAAUCCCAAUUCUGGAAAAAACCAUUCGCCAUUUGCAUCUCUUUUGCUUCACCAUUUUUGUCAAUUAUUAUUAUCUAAACUAUUAGCCAUUUCCCCCAAAAAUAUAGAAAAAGAAAAAGAAGAGACGAACUCGCGCUCGGGUGUCUUUUGCUGGUUAUUUGCGGUUCGGAUCAGGGAAAGGAUGUCGUUCAUGAAAGGUGAUUUGUUAAGCAGAUCGAGAAAGCUUGUCAAAGGCUUAGCCAAAGCCGAGCCUGUCUGGCUCAAGGCUAUGGAGAAGGCUCCACCGGCAACAUUCCCUCGUGCUGAGAAGAAGCUGCAACCCAUCAGUCUACCUGAGGAUGUCUAUAUCAAGAAGUUCUUCCAAAAACAUCCAGAAUCUAAACAUGAGGAUGCUAUUAAGAUUUCCGGAUUUGACCCUCCUCCAGCCCGUCUAUUCGGGUGGCGAGUGCUCGAGUUAAAGGAGCAAGGGGUCAGUGAAGAGGAAGCUACGGCUGUUGCUGAUAUGGAAUAUAGAGGAGAAAGAAAAGCAAAAAAGAAAGCAUAUUCUCGACUGAAGCAGAUUGCACGACUUCAAGGGAAGAAACCACCUCCCAAUCCAUAUCCAAGUGCUAUCAAGGAGAUACAAGCUGAAGAAAGGAAGUUUGUGCGCGAUCGUUUCUAUAACCGAGAUAUUCUUCAAAUUGCGGAGAGACUGAAAGAGGAGAGGCAAGCGGAGCUGCAAGAUAGAAGAGGUGGAGGUGGCUGGUAAAAUCCACAAGGUCUUGUUCUAAUAGAUUUUCUUUUCUCUCUUUGAUGCUUCGAUUUUGUAUCCUUCAGAUAUUAGAUCUCUGUCCAAGUGGUUAUACUUUGUGGUAGGCUUGGAGUCCUUUUUCAGUUAAAUUGAAAAAUAGGCGAUAGUCUUAAUUUA